AUGGCUAGUUAUUUCUCUCCCCAGUUAGGGGCUAAUUCUAGCCAUGUAUCUACCAGAACACCUUCUCCCGCACCCUCCCCGCUUUCACCCCCCGUCCAGCAACGCUCCAAUGCCCUGUCGAACCGGCUGACCAGCGUGCUGUCGGCGUCGUACGCCGACUCGGACAUCCGCGAUGCGCUGGAGACACUCAGCCUGCGAGGCACUCACAACACGGCAGAAGUGCGCAGGCAAUUGCGAUUGGACGUUCAGAAGGAAGUGGUCGACAGCAAUGCAGAGAUCGUGCGGGAUUUCGGGAAAGUUGCAGAGCAACUUAAACGGAUCGGAACGGUCAUAUCGAGUCUGAACCAGACACAGGACACGACGCCCGUCCUCGAGGAAGCGUCCGCGCUGAUGAACCACCGGAAGGAGGCCGAAACCAAGCAGCAACUCCUGGAGGCGUUCGCGAAACACUUCAUCAUCUCGGACGAGGAGCUGUUGAUUCUGACCGCCGCCGAAGAACCGGUCACCGAGGACUUUUUUACCGUGCUUGCCCACGUCAAGCAGGUACACAAGGACUGCGAAGUGCUGCUGGGCGGGGAAAACCAGCGACUCGGACUGGAGCUGAUGGAGAGGAGCACGCGGAACCUCAACUCGGCCUACCAAAAGCUGUACCGCUGGAUCCAGAAGGAAUUCAAGGAUCUGAACCUCGAGGAUCCCCGAAUCAGUCGCUCGAUCCGACGGGCCCUGCGGGUGCUGGCCGAGCGGCCCAGUCUCUUCCACAGCUGCCUGGACUUCUUCGCCGAAGCUCGCGACUACGUACUGUCGGAUGCUUUCCACAGCGCGCUUACCGACGCGGUGUCCGGUGCCGGGGGCGAUCGCAACGUGAAACCGAUCGAGUUCUCCGCCCACGAUCCCUUGCGGUAUAUCGGCGACAUGCUGGCGUGGGUCCACUCGACCACGGUGUCGGAGCGCGAAGCGCUGGAGUCUCUCUUUGUCGAGGACGGCGAGGAACUGGCCAAGGGCAUCCAGGUCGGACUGAGCAGUGAGCCCUGGGCGCGGAUCGACGAAGACGAGGAGAUCACGUUCAACGGGACCAAGGCUCUCAGCGACCUCGUCAACCGCGACCUGACCGGCGUGUCCCGCUCCCUGCGGCAGCGAGUCGAACUAGUCAUCAAAGGCCACGACGACCCUGUCACCUGCUACAAGGUCGCCAACAUCCUGUCCUUCUACCAGACGACCUUCACCAAGCUCCUAGGCCCGAAGUCCAACCUCGCAGAGCUGCUCCAGACCCUCGAGGAAUUCACCCUCAACCACUUCAAAACGAUCAUGCAAGACGCAGUCCGCGCCCUCUCCGCCGACCACGCGGCUCUACUCCCCGCCUCAGACCUCUCAGCCCCGCAGUUCCUCCUCGAUGCCCUCGAAGUCCUGACCUCGCUCGCCAAAACCCACGAGGCCUCCUUCGGCGCCGACGAGCUCGAGUCCACCGCCCCCGACGGCGCCAACCGCUUCACGCCUAUCCUCCGCGCCGCGCUCGACCCCAUCCUCGACCUCGCCAAGUCCUCCGCCGAGGAACUCCCCGACGCAACCGCCCGCGCAAUCUACCUCACAAACAUCCACCUCGCCGCGCGCUCCACCAUCUCAGAGUACCCCUUCGCGAGCUCAACGCACCUAGCGCCCCUCUCCACAGCGCUCUCCUCCCUCCGCGUCGACCUCCUCUCCAUCCAACACAACCACCUCCUCGACGCCUCAGGCCUCCGCGCCCUCCUCACAGCCCUCGAACCAUUCUCCCCCUCCUCAACCUCCAAACCCUCGCCCCCCCAACAACUCGACGACUUCCUCUCGUCGGCGCUGAUGGACGCCACCGAUUACCUGAAAAGGGUGCGCAGCGCGGCGUUCGUCAAGAGCGUCACGGAGGAAGCGGUCGAGGCGUUCUGUCGCGAUUUCGAGUUCGUGGAGGGUAUGAUUAUUGGGGCGGAUGAGGCGCGUGCGAAGGUGGAUAUUUCGAAGGUUGUUGAUGAUGAGAACGAGGGUGAGAAGAAGGGCGAUGGGGAGAAGGAGAAGGCGGAAGGGGAGGAGGAGGAGGAGGAGGAGGAGGAGGAAGGGGGGAAGAGUGCUGGGUUGAGAAGGCUUUUCCCGAGGACGACGGGGGAGAUAAGGGUGUUGUUGAGUUAG